CAUAUGUUGUUGCUUGAUUGCAAGUCAACAGCUGGUGCUGUAUUGGUUAGCAUUAGACGAAUUUUUCAUAUAAUUUAAUAAUUUCACAAUGAUGAAUAGAUUGUGCUUAAUUAAAUAUCCUAAUACGUUAAGUUUGAAAAAUAUUUGUUUUUUGGAAUCGAAGAACACUUCUUUACUCACAUAUUCAAGAGCGUGGAAAUCAACAAAAAGUACUAGGAAAUCAACAGAAGCAGAAGCUAUUGAGGAGCCUAUACCAUUUUUUGGUAGCCACGCAUCUGUUUGGCGUGCGAAGGCUACACGUAGCGGUGGUGCCGAUGAGUAUCUUUGGUAUCAACCUUAUGUUAUUUCAGGCAGUUUGGCAAUUUUUCUAUUGUAUUUUUGUGUAUUUCGAGAGGAAAGCGAUAUUGAUCAGAAAUUAGAUGGUGAUCUCUUUCAACAUGUUAAAGGCUUAGAGGAGGUACAAUUAACAAUGAAUUAUAAAUAUAAUAAAGAACAUGGCUUAGAUACUAAAGAUAUUGAGAAACGUCUCAAAGAGUUAGGUGUUAAUAUCACUGAAUUAAAUGCUAAGUCGGCAGUUAGCAAUUAAAUGGAAACCGUAUAUUAAAAAUUAAAAAAUAUUUUGUAAUAAGUUUUAUUGUGUUUUCGUUAAAUAAAAAAAAAAAAAG